AUGCUCCUAGUGGACCGCGACCAAGGCCCGGGAGUCGAUGGCCGGGACAUUCACCUCCUGAAGAUUUUCUUCCUCAGGCUUGCGGCUGCAGCGGUGAGCUAUGGCAUAUUCUUCUGCGUCGGGACUUCGUCGUUGUACUCGUUAAUACGGCGAGGGCUUUCGUGCCAACGCGCGCGGAAGAUUCUAAUCGGUUUCACGAUAACCAUGUUGGUCGCCGCGACAGCACAUCUGGGCCUAUACAUGGGCCAAAUACUCCUUCAGUUCCCUAGCCUCGCCGCCGAAUACGUUAACCGAUCCGCCCUUCUCAGGCGGCUGACAAUAACGCAAACCUGUCUCCGCCGCCUGACGUACUUUCAAAGCGACAUCAUCGUGGUCUGGCGCGCAUGGGCCAUCUGGGAGGGAAACAUCUACGUCCACAUCAUCCUUGCACUAUGCAUCGUCGCUACCGGGGCCACCUCGCUCACUGUGCUCGUAUUCAACUUUAAAUCGACCUUCGACGGGGUCAGAUAUACGCGCGACACUCAGAACUUCCUCGGCACGUUCAGCCUGCUGGUGACGAACUUUACUGCGACGGCGUUUAUCGGGUGGAAGCUAUGGUACUACAGGAAGAACAUCAAGAAGUACAUCAACCGUUCGAAGAAGGGGCAUACGCGGGUCGAGAGCAUCAUGAUAUUGCUCAUGGAGAGCGGCGGGUUGUACUGCAUCUUCUGGAUUCUCCUCAUGAUCGGCGACUACGGGUACUUCGGACCGGAUUUCGGCCUGGAGUGGUUUCAACCCAACAUCUCGGGGCUGUACCCCACCAUUAUCAUCUUCAUGGUCUCGCGCCAGAUGAUGAUCAGCGAGGAGGUGUUCUCUUUCGGCUCCGACUCGUUUGCUGCCUCGAGCGCAGGCGUCCAGGCGACAGUCUGGAUUCCCGCGCAGCGACAGUCGUACCCGGCGACUGAGCUGUCGGACGACGCAUUGGAGCUGGCCAAGUCGGAUGUUGCUCCGUAG